AUGAGUCUUUUGAUGUCUUCUUUAGGUGUUUAUCGAAAUUUCAAAAGGCAAGGAACGGGGGUUGUUUAUACCGUAAAGAAGCUCAAAAGUUUGCCAGAAGGCUCGGAACUAGCUCGUAAUCUUACCUAUGAAUAUAUUCGUCUCGUCUGUUCUCAUCACAAAUCUAAUUCCAAUGCAUCUGCUUCCAGGGCUUUGAGUUACUUCAGUGGUCCAGAACUCGACUGUCCAUCAUACAUGGAACUGUGUGUGGCUGAUAAUCGACUUAAAAUAACGUCAUAUGAUAUGCUUCAUCAGCUGCACUCGAAUCUCAGGCCUGGCACAGCAAACAGCUGUGAAGUGUCACAAGAAAGUGACGAAGCUGAUAACUGUGAUGGAAUGUCGGGGUAUAAUUUGACGGCAGCGUUUCUGAAAUUUUUCGAUUCAACAGCAUUCGCUACCUUAGCUGAGUUGUCUGAUAAAUUACAUCAAUUUGAGAGCGUGAGUCUUCAUCCAGGUGCGCUCUACGUAAAACUUAACUCAAAACGAUUUCCCGAGGGUCAUCCGAUGAGAAAUUCGAUGGUCUAUAGUAACAUAAAGUAUGUUUGCUACCACUAUGGCACGCGUGUCAGUUCUGCAACUAAGCGGAAAAAUCAGCGAACUUCAAAACUCGGAUGCAGUUCACAGAUUUGUAUAAGCUAUUCGAACGGUCAUCUGCGGAUUGUUAGCUUCGAUAUGCGUCACAACCACCCCGUUACCUCGGAAUCUGCCCAACUCUACCCUCGAAACCGCCGUCUAGACAAACAUGAACAGGAAGCCGUUGACGAACUGUUACGGCUUCCCUACGACAAUAGUCUUGUUUUGGAUAUAAUCAAGAAGCAAUUUGGAAAGGUUUGCACGAAGACAGAUCUUAAAAAUAUGCGAAGUCGGUUAAAGAAAACGACAAACGGUAAUCAGCUGUCCUUUAUUGGUGGAGAAAAACACCGGGUUGAACGUGAGGAACAGCUAAACUCAACACUUCAGGAAAUCAGAGACAUCGCAGAAGUAUCCAACGAUGAUCUGUUCGUGCAGAAUAUGUCGGUGCUUAAAUGCGUCGUUGCCGUCUGGAAGCAAGGUAAGGCCGCGAUCAUCUCUGAAGCGGGUGACGGCCCCGGUCCAAAUCCUUCCUAUCAGAAUGUCUAUCCUGACGACGCAAAUGAGAUACUGAUCGAGUACAACUCACCAAGUCCCUAUUUAAUGUCAACUGACACGCAGUAG